AUGGCAGUCGUCACUCUCCAGACGUCGGCAUCACAGCCACUAUUUUCAUCAGCCGAGCCAGCGAGCUCAACGUCCUCAGCAGAUAUGUUACCAGUUUCAACCGAGCGAGACUUCACAACCAUCGAUGGACUUUUGCGAGCACGAUCUGGUGGUCACUUGGCAAAUGAGUCGAUUGUUGCAUAUCCAUCAUCGGGAACUGACUUUGACUACUACACACCUCGCCAGUUAGACAAUUUUGUCGAGGCGGCAUCUGUCACCUUGUCCAAAGUGAUUCCGCAGCGCCGCACCUCAGAAGACCCAGUCCAGGUGGUAGGUUUGCUCGGUCUAUCUGACUUUGAGUACAUGAUCACUCUUUUGGCUAUUUCCCGCCUGGGUCAUACCGUGCUGUUGCUAUCUACACGGAUUGCAGAGGAUGCAUACGUCAGUUUGGUAGAAAGUACCUCUGCCUCGUCUCUGAUAGCCCACCCUAAAUUCCAAAGUAUUGGCGAAAAGGUUGCUGAACGAACCAAAAUUGUGCUACAUGACGCCUUGUGCCCUGAGAAAUAUGACGGCUCUGCUGCUAGUGUGACUAAGUUGCCAUCAUCUAAUCUGGAUGGUACCAAAGAGGCCAGCAAUAUUUGUUGGAUCAUUCACUCAAGCGGAUCAACGGGCCACCCAAAGCCGAUCUAUCAAACUCACUCCGGUGCUCUACGAAACUAUGCCAACAAUUUCGGCCUCCGAGGAUUCAUCACAUUACCACUCUUCCAUGCCCAUGGCAUCAGCUGCCUCUUCCGCGCAAUUCACUCGCAAAAGCUAAUUUACAUGUACAAUGCAGAUUUGCCUCUGACAGCAUCGCAUCUCAUGGCGACUCUACAAGAGCACCAAGAGAUCCAGGUGCUUUACGCGGUUCCAUACGCGCUGAAGCUACUGUCCGAGUCUGAGGACGGCUUGAGGGUUCUCUCACGCCUGGAACUCGUCAUGUUUGGUGGCUCCUCCUGUCCAAAGCCCAUCGGCGACACUUUAGUACAGAAUGGAGUCCGCCUGGUGUCUCAUUAUGGAACCACCGAAACAGGUCAACCGAUGACAUCUUUCCGAGACCGUUCGGACUUGGACUGGGACUACGUUCGCCCAGGUCCAUCUUUGCUACCAUAUCUUCGGUGGGAGGAGCAAUCUGCUGGAAUCUACGAGCUGUGUGUUCUGGAAGGCUGGCCCUCCAAGGUCGCUAGUAAUCGCCCCGACAACUCAUACGCUACCAAAGACCUUUUCGAGAAGCACCCAACUACACCAAAUGCCUGGCGGUACUAUGCCCGUCUGGACGAUACUUUAGUUUUGGAAAACGGCGAGAAGGCUAAUCCGCUGGUCAUCGAGGGUGUUGCUCGGAAUAACCCUAACGUUGCAGAAGCGAUCGCCUUCGGGGCCAACAAGCCACGGCUUGGCAUGUUUAUUGUCCCAGCUGAGAACAGUUCUACCCAACAAGAGCAAGACUUGGUAGAUCUGAUUUUCCCAGCAAUUGAACAAUGUAACGCCGAAUCUCCUGCAUAUGCCUACAUGUCGCGUGACAUGAUCCACUUCCUGCCAACAGACGCCGUCUAUCGCAAGACUGACAAAGGAACUGUUAUCCGCUCGGCCUUCUAUCGUGACUAUCAGUCACAGAUUGAUCAGAUCUACGAUGUUGAGGAAGCCAGUGGAGAUCAAGUUUGUGAAGGCGCCGCCCUGAUUAAAUUCUUACGAGAAAAGCUCCUUGAAGUAGCACCAUCCAUCGAGCCAGCCUCAUUAGAAGAGAGGACAGACGUCUUCGGCUUGGGAAUUGACAGCUUGCAAUCGAUUCGACUGCGAACAAUUAUAUUGAAGACCCUUGAUCUUGGUGGUCAGAAACCCUCUCAGAACUUUGUUUUCGAGAAUCCAUCGUUGCAGGCUAUGGCGGAGGCUUUGAUUCGCAUGCGCCUAGGCGAGACUCUGAAGAGCGAGGUACCCGUUGAAGAACGGAUGUCAGCGCUCAUUGAGAAAUAUAGCGCAAACUUCAAAUCUCAUAUCCCAGUUUUUCAUGAGGAUUUCGGUGAACACAUCAUCGUCACUGGUGCGACAGGUUCUUUGGGUGCUCAUGUCGCGGUUCAAUUAGCUCAGUCCGAUCGUGUCAACACAGUCUACUGUCUAGUUCGGGCAAGUUCUGCUGAUUCUGCGCGUCGUCGUGUCCAGCAAUCUCUGCGUGCACGAGGCUUAUCAUAUACCUUUUCCCAAGUUCACGAACGGAAGAUUAUCGCAUUGCCAGCUGACUUGGGCAACUCCAACCAUCUGGGUAUGGAUGAAUCCUGUUAUAAAAUGCUGGUUGAAUCAGUCACAGGCGUCAUGCAUUGUGCCUGGUCGGUAAAUUUCAACUGGUCUUUGGAGAGUUUCGAGGGAAGCUGCAUUUCGGGAACUCGACACUUGCUGGAUCUUUGUUUGCAAGCUCGCCGACCCUCCCCUGCAAAAUUCUCCUUCUGUUCCUCAGUCAGCACGGUUGCACGGACACCAGGUCAUUGGGUUCCAGAGGCUCUCCCCGAGUCCCUCAGCUAUGCGCAACAAAUGGGUUACGCCCAGUCCAAGCUGGUAACAGAGCAUAUCAUCAACCGGGCUGCCCACCAGACGAAAAUGACUGCACGUGUACUACGAGUGGGUCAGAUCAUUGGUGAUACCGUUCAUGGUAUAUGGAACGCUACUGAGGCCAUUCCUAUGGUGCUCCAGACAGCACAGACGAUCCAUGCACUGCCUCAACUGGAUGAUCUCAUCUCAUGGACACCGGUCGAUAUCAUUGCCAAUAGCGUUAUAGACCUCACACUGGCUCCGCAUGCAGGAGAGGUGGUCAAUGUCACAAAUCCAACUUUGAGUCAUUGGGCCCGAGAUUUGCUGCCACUUCUGAGACAAUCAGGCCUGGAAUUUGAAGAGUUGAAGCCGCGUGAAUGGUUGAAUCGUCUUCGCAAUUCGAACCCUGAUCCCAAAGCAAACCCACCCAUCAAACUUGUCGAGUUCUUUGCGAGCAAAUAUGACCAUGACCCACCUAGUCGGGUUCUUCUCUACAGUACACAGCAGGCACAAGCCGCUGCACCUGCUCUGCGCCAGGCUGGUGGUCUGACGGCCGAAUUAGUGACACGCUAUAUCAAGUACUUCCGUACUCAAUGCUGGACGAAGUCUAAGCUCUCAAGUCUCUCAGUUCGGUCCCGGGAAGUGGUCUUUUUGACCGGCCCAUGUGGAUGUGGUAAGAGUACGGCCGCACAAGCAUUAGCACAGCGAUUCGAUAUUCCCAUCAUCGAGGGAGAUGACUUGCACUCGCAUCUGUCGCGACAGAAGAUGGCCAAUAGCAUUCCUCUGGAGGAUAGUGAUCGUUGGGCCUGGAUCGCCCAUAUCUGUGGCGCGUUGAUGGACAGGUUGCAAAAUUCAACUGCGCCUGCCAUUGCUGUUACCUGUUCCGCGCUGCGAACUGUAUACCGCGAUGAGCUACGGAAGCUACCUCAGCUACUCGAUUUCCCCGUCACAGUCACUUUCAUUGCCCUCUCCAUCAAUGAUCAAGCUCAGUUGAACAAGCGCCUCGUUGCUCGUUCUGCAGCGGAGGAUCAUUAUAUGCACUCGACAAUGGUUGAACCACAGCUUGCUGUCCAAGAGCCUCCUACCCGCUUGGAGAAUGAUGUUAUUGUGCUGGAUUCAAGCCAGUCAAAAGAUCGAAUGAUUCAGGCUGUGGAAGAUACUGUGCAGCGAAUCCUGGAGCUCUAG